CGUUCUGAACCUAUCAAGUGAUCUAGGUAGUCAGCUCACUAGGUUUUGAAACAGCGCCCGUGUCUAUGCAGGGACGGCUGUCUGGGCAAACAGGAACCGAGUGAGAUUAUUUGUCUGUCGCUAACUAGCAGCACUCUAUAUGGUCCAAACCCUGGCUUUAGUCAGAAUUGCCAGGCAUGCGGAUCAGGCUGCAGGGCUCUGGCCACGCGGCCCGUCUCCUCUCCGAGCUCAACCGCUGCCGUCUGUCUCGUCUCCUGUGCGACGUCAUCCUCCAGGUCGGAGGCCGUUCCUUCCCUGCUCAUCGUGUGGUUUUAGCCUGCUCUUGCACGCACUUUAACAGCCUCUUCUCCAGAGGUUCCGGCAACCAGGGGGCCGUUCCCACCACUUUCUCUCUGGACUUUAUCUCUGCUGCCAAUUUCGAGAAGGUCUUGACUUUUAUCUACACGGGUGAGAUAUUCACAGACUUAAUUGAUGUGGGUGUGCUGUAUGAGUUGGCGGAAAGGCUCGGCGUGAGGGAGCUGGUGAAUGCUUGCCAUGCCACCUUUCCUGACCUGCAGAGCUCCAGCUCUGGAGACGCGGAAUUGGAAAGCGAUUCGGUGUCGGCCAAUGCCACGGCUGCGUCCGUUUGCUCGUCCUCUGCAGCCUCCUGCUCCUCGUUGUCUUCUUCAGCCGCCCCCACUCCUGUAACUCCAUCUCCGGUUUGUCAAGGCAGGAACGGCAGGUCGAAUCGCUCCCACUUGGCCACCCAAUCGCCAAAAAAUGAAGACUUGCAGGUACAUUUGGGUUACAAUCAACAGGCGACCAAUAAGGCUAGUCCUUCAGACUGUAACCGUUCUACAGAUGCUCUCUCUGGACUGACUUUUCAGCUGAAGACUGAGCAGGAGGAUGAAGGAGAAGAUGCAGGAAGUAGCUCAGUGGACCAGCUUGUUGUAAAUGGUAGCAAAUCAACGUUUGGGCCUCAGGAACCAUGUUCCGUCCCUGAUUCUUCUGCCCAGCUUGGAACGGAAACCUGCGCUCCUUCAUCAUCCUCCAAUGACCCUUUGGACAGUUUGCAGCUGGGGGCCGUCGCGGGACCAAUCAAAGAUUCAGAUUUUUUUGAUGAAGAUGAUUCAAGGAAGAGGCACCGACUACAGGAAGACCAGACGGACGGCAGCGAUCAGUGGCGAGGACUUUCAGAAGACAUCAUUGAGCUGAGCGACGAGGAGGAGCACUUCAUUGUGGAGGAAGAGGACGACGAGGACUUGAUGUGCAUCGAGAACGGAGAAAACGGGCCGUCGCUCAGGCAGCUGGCGUCAUCCCAGCCGUGCAAAUCCUGCGGGAUGCUGCUUCCGGCGGAAACCGACGUCAUACGAACUCACGCCGAGACACACCUCUCGGAAGCGGGUUCGUGUCAGGUGUGUGGCGCCUCUUUCUCGGAGCGAACUGCCGCUGUCGCUCACGCCCUCACACACGUGGGCAUCUUGCUCUUCUCCUGCGACGUUUGCGAACAUCAGUUUCGGACUGAAUCGGCACUGAUUCACCACAGGCGUCAGUCUGCUGCCAAGUGCGCCCCUCAAAAUCCAGACCAACUGAACGAAGUCUCCCAACGACAAGGAGGGGAACUGCAGUGCGCCGUCUGUGCUAAAUCCAUGGCGAAUGACUUUAAGGCUGUCAGGGACCAUGUUCAGAGCCACGCAUGCUUGAGGACGUUACGCUGUGGAGUGUGCCAGCUGUCUCAGCCCUCUCGAUGCGCGCUCCUGUGGCACACGCUGACACACCUCUUUCCUAUUUACACUUGUCCACAAUGCGCCAGCCCCUUCCUGGAGAGCACGCUGCUGGAAAGACACCUGUCUCUACACACAGAGGAAGCAUCGUCGGUGAAGCAGGACGACGACAGCCCGGAGACCAGCGGAGAAGGCCAGGCCGAGCUGCGUUGCUUCCUGUGUCCGCAGACCUUCCGCUCGGAAAGCGCGUUUCAUUACCAUCUCAGCGUGCAUUCGAACGAGCUCCAGGGCAGCCAGGUAUGGCCGGCCAAGCGCAAAGCGGACCAGCUCCUCGAAUACUCCUCAUCCUCCUCCUCACCUAUGGAGGCGAGCGGCUCGGGUAAAGCAGGCUACAACUUAAACCUAGGCUUCAGCAUGCAGGACAAAAUGGCUCACAGCGGCGGCCCGUUUCCUGCCGGCCUCGUACUGAACGGUAACUCUGGGGGCGGAAGGGAAAAGUUAUAUCGCUGUCGGUAUUGCGGUAAGCAUUUCGCGCACUCGGGUGAGUUCACCUACCACCUCCGCAUCCACACGGGCGAGAAACCCUACCAGUGCAAAGUAUGCCUGCGCUUCUUCCGUGGCCGCUCCACCAUGAUCUGCCACCUAAAGACUCACUCGGGCGCCCUCAUGUACCGCUGCACCGUCUGCGGCCUGUUUUUCUCCACGCUCAAGAUGGUUUCCUCGCACAUGGAGCUCCAUAAAGACCAGCUGCCGCCUGAUUUUAACAUCGAGGAGACCUUUAUGUAUAAUGACCACUCUAAAGAGCCCGUCCCCAAUAUGGACACCUGAAAGCCGCCCUCUUUCCGAACGCUCCGUCACACUGUGUUUACGCCGUAUGUUGUCGAGGACAAGUAGACUUAGAAUGUAAUUAAGCAUUUAAUGUGAUCGUCUUUUGUGUCGUUUGUGUACAGAACGAGAACGGUUCUUGUUUUUUUAAAGGUAAAACUUUAUUUUAAAAAUGAAGUUCUGAUACUUGACCACUUGAUGGCAAGAGAGACUGAGCAAGGUUGCACUACCAAUCAAAUCUUUGGACACGCCUACUCAUUCUUUUGUUUUCAUUUUUUUACAUUUUAUAAUAACGAAGUACGAAAUAUUGUAGUUUCUUCAAACCUUUGCCAAGAACGUCACGAGACACAGUGUUUGAACGCUAUUAAUGAAGUUUACACUUUUUGGCUGAUUUUCAGUCGCUAUCAUUUAUUUAAAAAUGAAAAAUGUUGUUUUGUAAAGAAACGAAGUUACAUUUGUCUUCAGAGUGAGUUUAAAUAUGAGCAUUGAGAUCACAGAAAACGAAUUCAGUCAAGUGUGUCCAAACUUUUGAUUUGUAGUUUUAGUUUUUUUUACGGGUUGCUUUUCCAAGUGCUGAUCUGCGAUUACCUCUAUAUACUCUUCCGGCAACUCUAUCACAAUAAGCUAAAGGUCUCUGGUUAUUCUAGAGAAGCACAAAGUAACCUUUGUUCUUACACAGCGCAAGUGCACACUGAGAAAAAAACAAAAACAAGACUUUUUCUACAUUUUCUGAUAAAUUAAGCAGUGCUCUAGGUGUAGGAUAUAAAUAAAACGGUUCUUUUAAAAAAAUAAACAAAUGAAGGUACUUUUGUUUUACAGAAUAGGCGUUAUUUUUAUAGUAGUGUUGUGUAUCACUGAAAUAGACUAAAUUAGAAAUAGUUACUGGUUUAUGAGAUGCAGUAUAAUAUAGUUUGGAUGUUGUACAUAAAGCAAAACCCUUCAUAUGUCGUUCAUUUCAUUCGGAAAAGAGAAGCGAUUCAGACUGAGGUGCUAAUAUAUCAGUCGGGUCAUAUGUCAGUGUUCACCUUCAUUUGGGACAUAUCAGAGUGUUUUGCGCGAAUGGUAUUGUCAUGAAUAAAUGACAGUUCUCUUGAGAAAGCUGUGAUGUUCUUCUGUACCGUUUUCCCAGCAGUUAUAUCCCUGUUUUUUUCUUAUAUGGGAAAAUUCAAAACCGAUUUGGCACACCGGACCAUUCAUAAUUGAUAGCUUCAAACCACAAAGUAUGUAUUCAAAACUGCUGGGACAUUGUGGUUGUUAUAGCUUUAUUUGCAAUGUAGCACAGAAAAUACCGGCUGAACCUUAUAAACUGCCUGGUUU